ACAUAGAACCAAGAAAUUAUAUCCUUCGUCAAUCAGUUGAAGAUUGGACAUGGAUAAAUAUUCAAUUAUCCGUUGCAACAUAUUUGGCUGGAGUUUUUCGUACAAUUCCACGAAUUACUGUCAUUCAACCAACAACAGAAUCUGAUAAGAUCCAAAGCUCUUUAUGGAUCCCUUCUCUAGGAAUUAUAAGAUACAUUUAUUGGUCAUUUUUCGUAAUCCUUAUAGUCGUGUGUCAAGGUUCAUCUAUAAUUUCUGGUUAUUUUCGUAUGCGCUCAGAUAAGCAUUUAUCUGAUAUAUUCCUUACUAUUCGCCUUCUGGGCUAUUCAUUUGGUUGUACUUCUAUGUUGAUCGGAUAUACAAUAUAUGGUCGAACACUGGUAAAGUUAACAAAACGAAGCUUUGAAUUGAUUGAUGAAACUCAGAGAAAUAAUGAAAGAAUUAAGUGGCAGUUACGAAAGAUGCAAAUGUUCAAUCAAGCGGCAUAUUUCAGCUUCGUAUUUUGGUCUGGUGCAACAUUUUUUAUAGCAAUUUGGCAUGAUUUGGUCUGGUCUACUUUAGUACUUUCAGAAAUUCAAAUUAUAAUGGCAUGCCCAGUAACCGUUGCUUCUUACAUUGUUGGGAUGAUUGUGAUUGCAGUGAG